AUGUCACAUGCACGUGCUGUUCAACUUUUAUCCUCAGAUAAGAUUAAAUCAAAAUGCAUCGUAGUCAUCGGCAUUAAUCUUGAAGUAGGUCAUGGUGUUCUAAAAUCUGACAUCAAUGUACGAUUAACUGCUCUUUCUCCUUAUGCUGAUUUCACAUGGUUGUGGAAAUAUGAACAUGAUGAUGCUGUUCGCUACUAUGUAGAUAUUUUUACUCGUUGUUGUCCUCGUCAUUCGAUUGUACAUAGUCUCAUCUGUGCUCCAUUACAAGGUCGAACAGGAUACUAUUUGUCUGAACACUUAAGAGGUCGUAUUACUAAAUCCGUCGCUCCAAUUAGUGAAGAAACAUGUGUUUCAAUCGGUUAUCAUUUGGAUGAUGUUAUGCGUGACAAUGUCUAUUUUAAACGUUUGACACCUGAAAUGAACUUGAAACAAGUACAUGAUGUAAUUUUUAGUAGAAAAAAGAAAUGA